AUGCUGCGAGCGUUUGCAUUUUCGCUGCUGGCGGUGGUGCGCGCAUCCUCAGCAGCGAAGAUCUUGGUGAUCGCACCAACCCCGUCCAUCAGCCACCAGCUGCCGUUCCACAUCUUGUCCAAGGCUCUGCUGUGGAGGGGGUACCGAGUCACCAUCCUGAUGACAGACUCCAUGAAGAUAUCUCACGAGAACUAUACCGAGAUUGACUUGUCAGUAGCUUACAGACCCAUAAGAGGUGACUAUGAUUUUGUGAAGAUAUACGAAGAACCACCAAUAAAGUCGAUGAACAUCAUGCAGGGCGUUGUCGGGUAUUCGGCUGAGGUGCAGCUAAAUGAGACUUCGGUGCAGAGUUUCAUAAGGUCUGGCGAACCGUAUGACCUUGAGAUCCUGGAGGGCUUCAUCUACGUGUGUUAUUAUGGACUCGUACACAAAAUGGGCUCGCCUCCUGUUGUGAAGCUUCUGACUCUGACGGCACCCUCGUCCGUCUACUACAACUUCGGAAGCGCAAUGAACCCUGCCUUCAUGCCGGAUAUGUGGCUCGGCUCAUCCAAAUGUGCGACUCUUCAUUAUUCAAGGCUGAAUAAAGCCACGUACCACGCCAUUCCGCUGCUCGCCAUCCCGUUCUUCGGCGACCAGGCACACAACGCCGCCAAGGUACGACAAAGUGGGACCGGCGUCUGGCUAGAGUACAGUGAUGUCACCAAUGACACCCUGCUGAGGGACAUACGGACCGUCGUUCACGACUCCAAGUACAGGGACAGCAUGAGAACUUUGUCGUCUAUAUUCCGUGAGCACCGGGUGGACUCUUUGGAGCGCGCAGUGUGGUGGCUGGAGUACGUGAUACGUCACAAGGGGGCCCUGCACUUGCGCAGUGCCGCCAUCGACCUGCACUGGUGGCAGCGACUACUGCUGGACGUCGUCGCCUUCAUGCUUGUGGUUGCCGCCAUUGCAGUCUAUCUUAUGUGCAUAUCUUUUCGCAGACUUGUCCAGCUCCUCUUAGGAUAUAAAAGUGAGGAUAAAAGCUGA